UUAUACACAGACAUUAAUAUAAACAGCUGCGCUCUUGUAUACGUACAGACAAAAUCCUCUUUAAAGACGGCAAUACCCUCCCUCUAUCAUGGUCAUGUCCUUAUAAGUUGAUGCCUCUGCCAAGAAAAUAGAUUAUACAUGAGUGAGAGCUGGAAAUUAAUUAACUUCAGAAGGACAAGAUGGGUUCAGCAUCUUCUGAAUAUUCACAGCAUGUGAUUCUGUUUCCUUUCAUGUCAAAAGGACACACUAUUCCAAUCCUCCACUUAGCUAAACUCCUCCUCCGUCGGCCACAUGUCACCGUCACCGUCGUCACCACCCCAGCCAACCGUUCCUUCAUCGCCAAAUCUCUUGCCAAUACCACUGCCUCCAUCGUCGACAUAUCAUUUCCCCAAAACGUUCCUGAAAUCGGUGCUGGUAUAGAGAGUACCGAUAAACUCCCCUCCAUGUCGCUCUAUGUGCCUUUUACCAGAGCCACCAAGCUCAUGCAGCCGGACUUCGAACGGGCGCUUGAGGUUUUGCCACGUGUUAGUUUUAUGGUGUCAGAUGGCUUCCUCUGGUGGACUUUAGAGUCGGCUGCAAAAUUGGGUUUUCCGAGGUUUGCGUUUUAUGGUAUGGGAAAUUAUGCUCAGAGUGUGUCGAGAUGUGUCGGUGAAAAUCGGCUUCUGGCUGGGCCAGAAUCUGAUGAUGAGUUGAUUACAGUGACGGGAUUCCCAUGGAUUAAGAUUACUAAAAAUGACUUUAGUCCGCCUUUCAGUGAGCGUGAACCCAAAGGUCCUGAGUUUGAGUUAAUAAUGGACCAAGUCAUAUCGGUAUCAAACAGUCAUGGUAUGAUUGUUAACAGCUUUUAUGAGCUUGAGCCUGCGUUUGUUGAUUAUUGGAACCGUGCGGAUAAACUCAAGGUCUCCUGCGUUGGCCCCCUUUGCCUCGGCGAGGUACCGAGGAAUGAACAAGAUAUACACCAGAAACCCGCAUGGAUUCAGUGGCUGGACCAAAAGCUUGAACACAGAAGCUCAGUUCUAUACGUAGCAUUUGGGUCUCAGGCGGAUAUAUCACCUGAGCAACUCAAAGAAAUGGCAAAAGGGUUGGAAGAGUCGAAGGUGAGCUUCCUGUGGGUGAUAAGAAAAGAAGCGUCAGAACUGGAAGAUGGGUUUGAAGAAAGAGUAAAAGAAAGAGGAAUUGUUGUCAGAGAAUGGGUGGACCAAAGGGAGAUAUUAACGCACCAAAGCGUAAAAGGAUUUCUGAGCCAUUGCGGAUGGAAUUCGGUGAUGGAGAGUAUCUGUGCAGCAGUUCCGAUUCUGGCAUGGCCCAUAAUGGCCGAACAGCCAUUGAAUGCAAGACUGGUCGUGGAGGAGUUAAAGAUAGGGGUAAGAGUAGAGACAAGUAACGGGUCAGUGAGAGGAUUUGUGAAGUGGGAGGGUUUGGAGAAGAUGGUGAAAGAACUUAUGGAAGGAGAGAUGGGAAAGGAGAGCAGGAAAAGGGUGAACGAGUAUUCAGAGAUGGCGAAGAAAGCUAUGGAGGAGGAGAAAGGGUCGUCUUGGCGUACGUUAGAGACGAUCAUAAAUGGGACACGUAAGUAAUUAAUUUGCAGGAAAAAAAUAUCAGAAGAUUUCGUAAUCUUAAAUCUUGAGUAUUGAGUGGCCUUUUGGAGGUAAUGUAUGUUAUAUUGUCUAUUUCUGUAGACUGUAGUUGGAAGAGGGACCCUGAAUUGUUGUAGUGAAGGACGAAGUUUCUCUUUGUUUAUAGUAUCAAAGUUUGAGAUGUAACUUGUCAAUGUUUAAUAACUUUGAGGUUUGGACUAUUAUCACCUUUGGCGUUUUAUGGAAGAAAAGAAAUAUAUAUAUA